UCCCACACUAAUCUCGAGGAACCCGUGAUGUGGGAAAUGAAUACCUAUGACUUUGGCAAGCAUUAAAUCUACACGCAAGGCACGAGGGUGUCUACGAUCCCCUUCUUCUCUUCCUCCAACCUCCGUCUCAGAUCUCGGUGAUGGAAGGGCCUUUGGCGUGGGGGGAUCUCAUGGCGGCGGCAAUCGCGGGUAGCGACGAGGCGAAGAUGGCGAGGCUUCGCGAGAUCUGUGGGCGGUUCAGGGAUGCAGAGGAGAUGCAUCAGGAAUCACGUCGGGUGGUUGAAGAGGCCUCUGAGGAGGAACAAAGUUGGAUCUCAGGGAAGGCCCCGCUCGAGAUCCUCUAUUGGGCAAUGAUGGAGGCGGAAUCAAACGAUCCAGUGCAGCGCGCGCGGUGGUACCGCUACGCGUCGCAAGAUUGGGUUUCGUCCAAUCUGGUCUGGGAUGGUGUGCGGGUGGUGACCACGACGACAAGGUCACCGCCACACUGUCCGGUGAUGCCUGUCGUGACCGACGAUGAUGUGCGGGUGGUGCCGAGGCAAAAUGUGGCGCGGGUGGUUUCACAGUUGCCUCGUCGCUCCCCGCGGUUCCCCCGGCGUUCUGCGCGGAUCCAGGCGCUUGCACAGAGCGCCGCCGACGAGUAGGCGUCUUCCUGGCAGGCAGUCAAUUAUGGCUGCUGCUGGGGAGGAGUCGAGGACUCCUACAAUCGUUUUGCUGCUUCAUUUUCUAAUAAAAGGAGGGAAAUCAAAGGGUGUUGACGCUAGGAGCAUAAGUCAUGGAGUAGGUGGCAGGUGAAGCCUACCGUGCAGCGUGGGGGUGGCAUCGUACGGGGGUUCUUCUGAGGAUCACCGGCUGAAUUUCCUCGACUGGCUAUGUCCCUGGCAUGGUGCACCACUCCUAUGUUGGCCUUGCUUUUGGAUGCCUUGAUUCUCCUUUGAUGAUCCACCUAUCAGACUGAGUUUUUAGUAUCGUUCUUCAGUUAAACUGGUGUGCGCCUUUGGUGUGUAAUAAUAAAUUGAAGUUUUGUGAUU